CCCCAGACUCCGCCCUUAACCCCAUCAUGUCGUGCCUCACCAGAGGACACUGCGCAAGUAAAACGCAAGACUACACCCCGUAAAUUAUAUUCCAUUGACUUUUCACAUCCUCCUGGUUCCACACGCACCCACAACACCAUCAGUCUGCAGUUUUGGUGCCACAUCAUUUUCCACUAAGCACUUCCCAUCAUGGCUUCCUUUUCAACCACCAACACCGCCCUCAUCCUGCUCGACAUACAAAAGGGCAUCAUGAUGGACAAUUUCCCAGACAAGACACCAGCAUACAUUAGCCAAGCAUCCAAGCUGCUCGAAGCCGUGCGCUCCGCCAAUAAGUCCUGCAACAAGCCACCCAUCGCUAUUGUACAUGUGAACGUUGCUUUCCGGCCCGGCCGACCAGAGCUCAACCCAACGAGCAGCAUGGGUGAACGGCUCAGAAACGUGCCUGCCAACGUCUUUGUCGAGGGUGACCAGUCCGUCGCCCUCUUUAACGAGCUUACACUUCCGUCCAAGCCAGAGGGAGCUGGGGCUUCUGGCCAUGCAAGCCAAGACGAUGUCUUCGUUACCAAGCGUCGCGUCUCCGCCUUGUCUGGAACGGACCUAGCCACUGUCCUGCGCGGGCGCGGAGUGAGCCAUCUUGUGAUGUGCGGUGUCGCUACUGCGGGCGCUGUGUUGUCAACUGUCCGCGAGGCUGCCGAUCUGGACUACAAGCUUACUGUGAUCAAGGACUUGUGUUUGGACAAGGACGAAGAUGUACACAAGCUGCUGAUGGAGAAAGUGUUUCCCAUGCAAGCCGAGGUAUUGGAAGCCGACGAGUGGGUUGCCCGAGGCUUUGCCUGAAGGUGUGAGGGCGCAAUUGUAGGGCAGUCAGGAUCCAAGGAUCAUUGCAGUCAUGAACAUUCAUCAUGUGCUUGAUAUCCAGCAGGCCACGCAUGUAUCUUGUUGCAUAUCUUUUUGGGUACUUUAGCGCAGCAGUCAAAGAUUUUG